UUGUGCAGCACCCUUUAAAGGGUGACUCGUCCCACUUGAGUUCUCUCUCCUGGUGCAGUGUUGCAGGCGGGUUAAUUAGAGCAUCGCCAUGAAGUUCAUCCCGUGCCUCCUGCUGGUGACCUUGUCCUGCCUGGGGACUUUGGGUCAGGCCCCAAGGCAAAAGCAAGGAAUCACUGGGGAGGAAUUCCAUUUCCAAACUGGAGGGAGAGAUUCCUGCACUAUGCGCCCCAGCAGCUUGGGGCAAGGUGCCGGGGAAGUCUGGCUUCGCAUCGAUUGCCACAACACAGAUCAGACGUACUGGUGUGAGUACAGGGGGCAGCCCAGCAUGUGCCAGGCUUUCGCUACUGACCCCCAACCUUACUGGAACCAAGCCCUGCAGGAGCUGAGGCGUCUUCACCACGCAUGCCAGGGAGCCCCGGUGCUGAGGCCAUCUGUGUGCAGGAAGGCUGGGCCCCAGGCCCACAUGCAGCAGGUGACUUCCAGCCUCAAGGGCAGCCCAGUGCCCAACCAGCACCCCGAGGCUGGGAUGCCAUCUCUGAGUCCCAAGGCCUCAGUGAAACCCACAGAAGCAAGACAGCUGGGAAAGGACUCGAUGGAAGAGCUUGGAAAAGCCAAACCCACCACCCAACUCACAGCCAAAGCUACCCAGCCUGCACCCAGGCCUGGAGGGAAUCAGGAAGCAAAGAAGCAGCCCUGGGAACACUGUUGGAAACCCUUUCAGGCCCUGUGCGCCUUUCUCAUCAGCUUCUUCCGAGGGUGACAGAUGAAAGACCCCUACAGAGCUGACUUCUCCCUGACAGAGAACAAUCUCUUUUUAUAUUAUGCUGCUUUUAGUCCACGUUUUCACACUGGAUGAAGGGAGUUUCUAAUCAGAUGCACCUGCCCAAAUUCUUGAUCUGCAGCGUCUCUGAAGUUUGGAAAAGAAAGUCCUUUCUGGAAGGAGCUGAAGGGCCCAAGAGUGACAAGCAUACACAUCUACUUUCUAUCUGUACAAGCUUUACUUUGUUGAUUACAGCCUUCUAUGAAAGUUUAAAUUUGUAAUACAUUUAUGAAUUUCCAGUUCAGCCUUCUAAGUAAGACGUGAAUUUGUCACAUUUCAUUGCAUGGCAGCAUGGACUUGUAGUUAGAGAAAGUUCAGUGAAUAGCAGCUAUGUGUGUGCAAAAUAAAGGAAUGAUU